AUCCCAAUAAAGAGAAGCUUGCUGUUUUACUGUGGCCAUUAAAAAGUAGCGUCACCUAAUACUUUUCAGUGAUUUCGUAAAAAAGGAAAAUUGAGUGAACAGCGAAAUGUGAUUGUUUAUGAUAUCGGAAAAUUUUACUUAAAAAAUCAAAGCAGCUGAAAACGCAAACUUUAUUAUUUUGUUUCAGCAUAGAUGGAAUAGAAACGUGUUAUUUUUUGUUUAGUAUUAAUAAUGGACGACCACGGACCAGAAGUUACCUUUUUGUUCCAGUUUGGAUUUCUUCGAGAUGCCAUCACAGUACCCCAGUCCACAUUGAACUUAAAAACUAUUAAAAAUUUGGCAUGUGAUUUUCUUAAUUCAAAGAUUCCGGAUCAUGGUGUAAAUCAUUUAGAGGAUAGAUUAUUACUUUUCCGGCAUGAAUAUAAUUCUACAAAUAUGCUUCAAUUUAUUAAUUCCGCUUCUGACAUUGUAGAUGAGACUCUGAUAGAGAUUGUUUUAACUGGAAAAAUCCCACAUCCACAACAGUCACUGGAAGUGAAUAUCGUCAGACCACAUGCUCUUUCUGUUCAUUCUUAUAAAACACCGACAUUUUGUGAUUUCUGUGGAGAAAUGCUCUUUGGUUUGGUACGUCAGGGAUUAAAAUGUGAUGGUUGUGGUCAAAACUAUCAUAAGAGAUGUGUUGUUAAGGUGCCUAGCAACUGCUCCUAUACAUCGUACGAUGACAACCGACAGCGUAGACGUUCUGCCAAUUUGCAAGUUCCCCGAAGUCCAUCGGGAGGUAGCAAUUCUUCUUUAAUUUCUGCAAAUUCUACACAAACUGAAGAGAGUGGCUUGGUUUACAAUAACCGUUUACCAUCAUUGGGAGGACGCCCACAGUGGACAGAAAAGGACACAUCGUCACGAGUUAAAAUACCGCACACAUUCGUUAUACACUCUUACACUCGACCAACUAUUUGUCAGUCGUGUAAAAAACUGCUGAAGGGACUGUUCAAACAAGGAUUGCAAUGCAAAGAUUGUAAUUACAAUGUGCACAAAAAGUGUCUUGAUAAAGUACCUAAAGAUUGUACUGGAGAGGUGCAACGGGAUUCAGCUGUAAAUUUUGAAUAUGCGGAAUGCGUAGAAAUCGAGAGUUCUUGUAGUGCAACCCUUGUUGAAGAGGAAAGCGAAUCAGAUAGAAGCACUUACCCUAGCGAAAAUGGUGCUAACAAGUUCAUUGAAGUUAUUCCAGUUCAUGAUGAUGACAACGAUUAUACAUCUUCCACAUGUAGUUCUUCCUCAUCUCCAAGUGCCAACAUUCCUCUACAACGAAUAGUUCAAUCUGUCAAACAUACUAAGCGGAGAGGUUCGAAAGUUAUAAAAGAAGGCUGGCUAGUUCACUUUACUAGUCGCGAUAAAACGAUCAGAAGGCAUUUUUGGCGUUUAGAUACCAAAUCGAUUGUUCUCUUUCAAACAGAGACGAGCACUAAAUACUAUAAAGAAAUUCCAUUAUCAGAAAUUUUGACAAUUGAUACAGCUAGAACAAAGCAAGGAGAAACAAUGCAUUGUUUUGAAAUUCGUACAGCAAAUGUUGACUAUUUUGUUGGGCAAGAUCCAUUAUAUGACUUACAAGAUGGUAUUAGUGUAAAUUUGCCGCCUCCUGAUAGUGGGAUUGGCGCGUAUUUAGCCAAAAGUUGGGAAACUACAAUUAGACAAGCUUUAAUACCAGUUACAGCAAAUACUGGAAAGACCGUUGAAGCGCCUGUAGUGAGUGAAGAUCAAGUGACAGAUAUGAGUCAGCUGUAUCAAAUUUACCCAGAUGAAGUAUUGGGAUCUGGCCAAUUCGGUAUAGUUUAUGGAGGUGUUCAUAAGCGUAGUACAAGGCCUGUUGCAAUAAAGGUUAUAGAUAAGUUGAGAUUUCCGACAAAACAGGAAGCGCAACUUAAAAAUGAAGUAGCAAUACUGCAGAAUUUAUCUCAUCCUGGUGUAGUGAAUUUAGAACGGAUGUUUGAAACUCCUGAGCGCAUUUUCGUUGUAAUGGAGAAACUGCGCGGUGAUAUGUUGGAAAUGAUAUUAUCGCAUGACAAAGGUCGAUUAACUGAAAGAGUUACAAAGUUUUUGAUUACUCAGAUCCUUAUUGCCUUGAAGCAUUUGCACAGUAAAAACAUUGUGCAUUGCGAUUUGAAGCCAGAAAAUGUUCUGUUAAACUCAGAUUCAGAAUUUCCUCAAGUGAAGUUGUGCGAUUUUGGUUUUGCAAGAAUUAUUGGUGAAAAAUCUUUUAGAAGAUCUGUAGUCGGCACACCCGCUUAUCUAGCACCUGAAGUUUUAAGAAAUAAAGGUUAUAACAGAUCUUUAGAUAUGUGGAGUGUUGGAGUAAUUGUUUAUGUAAGCCUUAGUGGAACUUUUCCAUUUAAUGAGGACGAGGACAUAAAUGAUCAAAUUCAGAAUGCCGCUUUUAUGUAUCCUCCUAAUCCAUGGAAGGAAAUUUCUUCAGAUGCAAUUGAUUUAAUUAAUAACCUACUCCAAGUUAAGCAAAGGAAAAGGUAUACAGUGGAUAAGUCGCUACAACAUGCAUGGCUGCAGGAUUAUGAAACUUGGUGUGACUUGAGAACAUUGGAAAAUCAAAUUGGUGUCAGGUAUUUGACUCAUGAAUCAGAUGAUGCUAGAUGGGAAAACUAAGUUCUGAAGAAGCCAACGGGAUGACUGGCGAAACGGCAGCAAGUUUGAUUUAUAAACAUCCAGAAGAUUUGUUAAGAUUAGAAUAUAUCAAAACAAAUACCAAACCUUUAAGGUGACGUAGAAGUUGCCACACGGAGAGAAAACGAUAGACUGUAAACAAAGGAUGACUGGUUAUGAAUGUGAGAAUAAUGUCGGUCUCUGUAGGGUUGUAUGUUCGUUUAUACGUUUUAAUUGAGAUUCUUGAUAAUGAAAAAGCGACAAAUUAACAGUAUUCGCGAACACGUGUGAAUAGUUUAGCCGUCGUUACCAAUCUCAGAUUAAUAUGCGAAAUCAAAAUAUUUGUUAUUUUUUGUAGGCUGAUAUUUAGAUAAUCGUUUAUGUGUGCGAGAUAUUCCUUAAUUAUUUAAACUAAAGACUGCAUUUAAUAAUUAUAAACACUUGCUACGUUGGGAAAUGUAAGAAUGGACCGAAAGGGACAAUUUUCUCAUUUCCAGAAGCAGAGACCUUGCGGAAAAAAUGGAUUCCAGCAAUAAAAAGAUAAUAGUUUGUUCCAAUAAAAAAACAACUGAAAUAGUUUUUAAUAUGGGCAGGCAAGUUAAAAAAUUUCUAAUCUUAUUCAUUUUAUGGUAUCUGAGCUUCAUUUUCAACCCCAUGAAAUUGAAAGAGACAGACAGUGUUGAUUCAACAUGAGAAGUACUAACAGCUCAGUUAAAAAAAUUCCCUUGAUCAAGACUUUAUUUUGUAUUUUACCUAGUUGUCUGAGUUAUUUAUUUAAGCUCCAAUGUAGUUAGAUUAAAAUACCUACUUAUGCACUCUGUAUAAAUUUCUAUUCUACAUAUUAUUACUACAUUUUAAACAUUAAAAUAAUAUAAAGCAAUGUGUUUUUUAUCCUUUGUCACUGACAUUUGAUAUUAACGCCAUACAGCCAUUUAUAUCGUCUUCCUAAUGUGAGGACUCAUAUUUUAGCGUUUCACUGUCUUGUAGUAUAGGAGGCGUAGUCGCAACGCGUUCAUAACAUUUACCAAAGAAAUUAGUAGAAAUAUUUAUUUUUCAACAGAACGUCGCGAUUGGCAUCGAGUCCUCAUCUUUGUUAUAAAAGUUUCUCGUUUUCAAAGAAAGGGUCACCUUUGUCAAAGGAAAUUUCCAUUUUAGUAGUCACAUUCAAUAAUUUUUUAAUUUGUAUCCCAAAUUUGUGGGAAUCUUGUCAGAAACCAAAUAAUUAAUCUAUCACAGUUUUCAAAUUUAAAUAUAACCACCAAAAAAAACUGGCUGUAAUUGAAGUUCAACGGUCGACCAAAAUCAACCACGCAUCGCUGAACAAAUCAAUUGACAAAAAGCUUUCCUGGUAGACUAUGCAACUAUGAAAUAAAGACGAAGACUUAACCUAAUUUACUGUAUUUUGCGAAGCGUUUACAUUUUCUAUUCUAAAAUGUUUAUGAACUUUAUUAUUUAUUUAUCCGAAUAGAGCAAUUCUAUGUGGUAGAUGUCAAUCAAUGGCUAUCCAGGCAUAAUUUCUCUGUUGGAUUUAGUGGCGGGAGAAAGUAUGUACUGGAGGACAUUAUAACUGUCCUAACUGUACCUUUCAAGGCUCAGCUUAUGACAUAUUAUUACACUUCGAAAAUGUACACAAAGGAAGCUUAUUAACUUCCUCAGUAUUUAUUCUAGAAUUGGAAUGUGAGUCUCAUCAAGUACGACUGCACCCAAUAAAUGAUGACUUGUUUUAUGUAUUUAGGGCACCAUCAAAGUAUCCAAAAAUAUUUCAAAAUUUUACUUUUUCUUCACUAGAUAGGAAAUUUAAACAAGGUACCAACAUCAAAAUUUUACUUUUUCUUCACUAGAUAGGAAAUUUAAACAAGGUACCAACAAAAUUGCCUGCAGUUCAGCUAUGGAACCAAAUCCAAUUGGUUUCAAAUUAUAUAUAUCUGUUGAAAAAUUUCCCAAGAAAAUUGUUGUGUACAUGUGAAUUAGACGUAGAAAAUAUCAUUAAUGGUUUGAUUUUGCCCAAAGAGCUUAAAUAACAGACACAGAAAGACAUUCUGAAGUAAAAGAACAAAUUGAUACUAAUAAUUAUCCAGUUGUUGGUAAGUCUAAGGAGUCAAUCCAAGAAAAUGUCGAAACAUCUACAACCUUAAACGAGGUCAUUAAGUCACAAGCUUUCGAGCUAGUAAACACUAACUAUAAGCGCACAAGUAAAUACAAAUAUUUCAAACCCAAUUAAAUAUAUAGCUUAUCAGGCUCUCAUUAGAGAAACAUAUUUUAUUGUAUAAUUCAAGUUACUUUAUUGAUUAAAUUUUGAAAAAAAUGUUAUACAAGAUUUAAGAUUUAAACACCUGCAUAUACUGUAGUUGACAACUCCGUUUUAAGGGAAUAACCAGAUAAAAUUUCCAAAAGAUCCAUUUAAAGACUAAAGUAAUACAGAUUUUUUUAUCGCCAGUUUUAUGAAACAAUAAUCGAACUAUUGUAUAUCUUUUGAUUUUAUGCCCAACUAGUAAUUUCCCACACUAUUUUAUUAGUCUCUUAUAAUCGACCAUUUAUUUUCCUUCCCUUAUCUUCUCACGCUAUAAAACAGGAGUUUAAGUAAUGGAAUGUAAUGUAAAUAUAUUUAUAAUGGUAUAUAUAAAGUCCGUUAGUCUGCAUAUAGCAGCUCUUAAGGAGCAAUUUAAAAAAAACUCUGUGACUACAAAUGGAGAGUGUCUUUUAUAUUUUAAUGCUGGUUCAAAUUAGUUUAAGAGCGCAAAGUGAAUUGUGUAUUGUCGUUCUAAGCAAGAGUGAAAUUGCACUUUCCGAUCGGGCAAAGCCUAUCGAAAAAUUUACUUUUAAUGAUUUUUUUCGGGGGAGACGUAAUUAUUCAUCUUGGAAUUAAUUUUAAAAUAAAAUUGCUUAUAUUGUUAAUAUUUUAUAUACAUAUAACAUGUACAUUAUUAAAUGGCUUUAAACGCCUCCGUUUCUUCCCUCAGUACUUGUUUCUUGAUAUUUCUUAACAUGAUUUAGAGUGUAUAUGCCUAAGCCUUAUACCAUCCUUUCGCUGCACCUGUUGAUCUAUUUCGACACACGCCCCUAGCUUUCACUAUAACAUCAGAUUUAAUCUUGAAGCCAAGAACCCUUCAGAUAGAGUGGAUGCGUGUGGGGUAAGCCCCAAAAAUAUAAUGC